GAGACAAAAUAAAAGUAUAACAAGCGUUGGUGGGCGGGGCUGUACGGAAUGGAAAAAAAUGGCAGAGCCCUGGGAAGUGUGAAUGUGACGCUGGGUAGUUCCGCUAAGAUGGCGGCGCAGCGGAGGAGUUUGAUGCAAAGCCAGCAGAGUUGGACAGAUGACCUCCCGUUGUGUCAGUUGUGUGGGGUGUACACAACCGCCAACUGUGUGUACGGUCCUGAUGGCAAGGGCACUCAGAGCCACCCCAACGAGGAUGGCCACUUCAGAUUCAGAGGCGAGGAUGGCUGCUUCCUCUAUGGGGUGUUCAACGGCUUUGACGGCGGCCGAGUGGCGAACUUUGUUGCUCAGCGCCUGACGGCUGAACUGUUGCUUGGACAGCUGAAUUCCAGCCACUCCGACGCAGACGUCAGGAGAAUCCUGUUGCAGGCUUUUGAUGUUGUGGAGAAGAGCUACUUUGAAACCAUUGAUGAUGCGUUAGCUGAGAAAGCCAACCUACAGUCACAGCUGCCUGAGAGUGGGUUUCACCCGCUGACCCCACAGAACCAGAAGCUCUCCGAGAGGCUUGGCGUGUUGGAGCAGGAGGUGUCCGGCGGGGCCACUGCUGUGGUGGCCCUCAUUCUCAACAACAAGCUGCACAUCGCCAACGUAGGUACCAACCGCGCUCUGCUGUGCAAGUCCUCCAGUGACGGUCAGAACCAGGUGAUCCAGAUCAGCCACGACCACACCACAGACAACGAGGAGGAGAUCCAGAGGCUAGCCCUGCUGGGUCUGGACCCGUCCCGCCUGCGCCAGGCCGGCCUGAUCGUGGGCCAGACCAGCACCCGGAGGAUCGGGGACUACCGGGUCAAGUUUAACUACUCGGACAUCGACCUGCUGAGCGCAGCAAAAAGCAAGCCAAUAACAGCGGAGCCUGAGAUCCACGGUAGCCAAUCAGUGGAAGGCGUGUCUGGGUUCCUCCUCCUGGUGUCUGAGGGGCUGAUCAAAGCCCUUGAGGCCGCCCACGGCCCUGAGCAAGCCAAUCAGGAGAUGGUUGCGAUCGUGGCGGCUGAGCUGGCCCAGCAGAGCAGCCUGGACGCGGCGGCCCAGGCGGUGGUGGAGCGGGUGAAGCGGCUGCACCACGACGCCUUCGCCAGCGGGCGGCAGCGCGCCACGCAGUGCUCCAGGCACGAGGACAUGACCCUGCUCAUACGCGUGCUCAACUACACGCUGGCCGACUGCGCCCUCACCCCUACACAGGGGGGGCGCAUCUACCCCGUGUCGGUGCCUUACUCCAACAGUCAGAGCACCAGCAAAACCAGCGUCACCCUCUCCCUGGUCAUGCCCUCGCAGGGUACCCUCACCAACGGGACCAACACCACCUCCACGCAGGAAGAAGGUACCCCCACGCCAAGCCAGAGCCCGACGGCCACCCUGCAGUCCACCCACACCCACACGCAGAGCUCCAGCUCCAGCUCGGGGGACGGGGGCAGCCUGUUCCGGCAGCGGGGGAGCCAGGCGGCCCAGCCGGACGAGACCGGGAGGGUGCAGCCUUACGUGGACUUCAGUCAGUUCUACAGACUGUGGGGGGCAGACCACUGCGACAGCCAGGCCGCUCAGGGGGGGCUCGGUCCACAGUGAAGGGGGUGAAGGGGGAGGGUUAGGUUUUUCCUUUUGGGGGGGUGGGGGUGGGGGGGAGAAGGGGGGAGGGAGUGUGUUGUAAACCCUGACUCUGGAGAGCCACAGGUAUCUCUGCUGGGGGUUUUUUUUUUUCCCCCACCUUAAAAUCGGCACAAAAAAUUGAAUCGUUGAAGAAACAUGGUGAGGUAAAUUAAGUGCAUAAUCUGCUGCUGUAAUCAGACAAUUGAGGGACAAGUAGGAACAGAAAACCAGCAUGUGUCCUGUGGCUCUUCAGGAGCAGGACAGGCCAAGCCUGGAUUUGGGCAUGCUUCACUGGUGCGAACAAAAUUGGAAGAGGUAAGCAGGGACGUACUUGGAAUUUUAAGUCUAGGAUGGAUGGCAGAGGAGGAUGAAGGAGAACGGGGGGGCAGAGAGAGAGAGAGGUGCAUGUGUGAUUGAAUUAAACUGGGACCAUUUGUUGUCCUGUCAGUAUCUCCAUCCACUCCACCCAAAUGUAUAUUUUUUCCUUGUAGGGAAGUGGGAUGGUGAGCACGCUGUAUUGAUGGACGGAGUGUGAUGGAGGCAUUUAUCUCAGUUUUUUUAACAUAACGUGGUGUGUGCAGUGAGUAUGGUGCCUGCCAGCAGAGUACAGAAUAAAUUGUAUAAACAA